AUGCACGUGAUGCCGGGCAACAGAGGUGGCCCCCUUGGCUACCAGCCGGCAGACGCGGCCGGCCGCUUUGCGGCGCAGCCGCAGGCUGCGCAGGCACCAGUCGGCUCCCAGGAAGUCUUCGAUUUUGAGGAGCUAGAGACGGACCCCAGCGAGCGCCGGCCCGGAGGCAAUUUGGCCAAGCGGCUGUGGUCCGCAUCCCCAGAGGCGAGUGAUUUUCAGUAA